AAUAAGAUCUUUUGCGACUUUCUUUCCUAGCAUAUAUAUACUCUUAUCUUUCGACCACGUUAUUAUUAUGUAACUUUUUUUUUUAUAUUUUGAAUUUUUUUUUCUUUUGAGAAAAUUUUAUUACGUAAACAGUCGACCAUCGCAUCAAACCUCCUUCUGAUCAGCUCUUCACACCAAAAUUAUCUUACACCCUCUACAUUUUGCUUCCUUAUUCUCUCCAUAAUCAUAUCACUUUCUUUCUCAGUUUCAAAACUCAUCCAAUCUUCCAACGAGCAAUGGGUAAUUGCAUCUCAAUUUCUCUUCAAUUUGAUGCCAUAUUUUCCAAUUGCUAUCAAUUCACUGUUGCACAAGCCACUUACGUGCAUAAUCUUAAAGAAAAUCUUAAGGCUCUAGAGAAAGCUUCAGAGGAGUUAACUGAUGUGAAGAAUGGCUUAGUGAGAAGAGUCAAGAUUGCUGAGGAGGAGGACCAGUUGGCGUGCCUGGAAACAGUCCAGAGGUGGAUUUCAAGGGUUGGAGCAUUGGAAAAUGAAGUUCAAGAACUGCUGCAAACAGAAUCUGAAGAAAGAAACAGACUAUGCCUUUGGGGUUGCUGCUCAAAGAACUACAAGUCCAGCUAUAAAUAUGGGAAAAGGGUGUUGAGGAAGCUCGCUGAAGUGACUGAUCUGAAAGGCAAAGGAAUAUUUGAGGUGGUGGCUGAAAGGGGACCAAUAGCUCUUGUGGUUGAAGUUCUAGAUGAGCCGACGGUGGGAAUGGAACCAAUUUUUGAUCGUGUGUGGACAAAACUCAACGAAGAAGAUGUGAGAAUUAUGGGGUUGUAUGGAAUGGGAGGAGUGGGCAAAACCACCCUUUUGAGAAAGAUCAACAACAAUUUCCUCAAUUCUCAAAAUGAGUAUCAUGUUAUAUGGGUAGUGGUAUCUAAAGAUCAUACUAUUGAAAAGAUACAAAAUAGUAUUGGAGAAAAAAUUAGGCCUUCUUUUGGGGAAGACACGUGGAAGAACAAAACAAGUCAACAAAAAUCUCAAGACAUUUGCAAUGUCUUGAACAGAAGGAAAUUUAUUUUGUUGUUGGAUGACAUAUGGGAGAGAAUUAAUCUUGUUGACGUUGGGGUUCCUUUGCGUAACACACAAAAUGGUUCCAAGGUUGUAUUCACCACUCGUUCCAAGGAUGUUUGUAGUCGCAUGGAAGUUGAUAAGCAAGUUGAAGUGAAGUGCUUGCCAUGGGAAGAAUCAUGGAAGUUAUUUGAGGAAAAAGUUGGCAACGAGGCCCUUAGUGUCCACCCAGAUAUUCUUCAUUUAGCCAAACAAGUUGCGAAAGAGUGUGGCGGUUUACCUCUUGCACUAACAACUAUAGGUCGUGCCAUGGCUUGCAAGAGAACACCUCAAGAGUGGAGAUAUGCAAUUCAGAUCUUAAAGAACGCAGCCUCAAGUUUUACAGGAUUGGGAGAUGAGGUAUUUCCUCUUUUAAAGUUCAGUUACGACAAUUUAUCUAGUGAGAAAGUUAGAUCUUGUUUUCUGUAUUGCUCAUUGUUUCCAGAAGAUUGGGAAAUCAAUAGAGACGAUUUGAUAUAUAAAUGGAUGUGUGAGGGGUUUCUUGAUGAGUGUUCUGAUUUUGAGAGUUUGCAAGGCCAAGGAUAUACCAUCAUUGGCUCUCUUCUUUAUGCAUGCUUAUUAGAAGAGGUCGGUGAAACACGUGUAAAGAUGCAUGAUGUGAUCCGGGACAUGGCUUUAUGGAUAGCUUGUGGGUGUGAAAAGGCAGAUCACACUUUUUUUGUGAAAACGAAUGUUGAGUUGAAAGAACCAAUGAUUGAAAGAUGGAAUAAGGUUGAAAGAGUCUCUUUGAUGAAAAACCGCAUUAAGAGUCUCUCAGAAAGUGUGUCAUGUCCUAACCUCUCAACAUUAUUUCUUCAAAGAAACCAAUUGCUUCAAGUUAGUGGCAGCUUUUUUGAGUUCAUACCUAAAUUAACAGUUUUGGAUUUGUCAGAUAAUGGAUCAUUGACUUGUUUGCCAAUGGAGAUAUCAAAAUUAGUCUCAUUGCAAUACCUCAAUCUAGCAUCUACAAGCAUAAAAGAGUUCCCAAGAGAGUUGAAGAACUUGAAAAUGUUGAAAUACUUGAACUUAGAUUAUUUACGUAAUCUUAAUGUAAUUCCGGAAGGAGUGAUAUCAAGCUUUUCUCGUCUUCAAGUGUUACAAAUGUUUUGGUGUGGAACAAGGUCUGGAGAGAUGGUGGAGGAUAGAGUUGAAUGUGGUAGUGAAUUACUAGUACAAGAAUUAGAGAAUUUGAAACACAUAAUGACAUUGGGUGUCUCCAUAAAAUAUGUCACUGCCCUUGAUAGAUUGUUGACCUCCCAUAUGCUACUGAACUCCACUCAACGUCUAUUUCUCCAUUUUGAAAGCACCUGGCAGUUUCUUAAUCUAUCUACUCUUUUGAGGAUGGAACGGUUAGAGAAACUUUUCCUUUUAAAAUGUUCAAGGUUAGAAGAGUUAAAGAUAGAUUGGGAAUGGAAAAGAAGAGAGGAAUGUUCUUCCCAUGUACCAAGUCCUCCUCAAUGCUCAACUAACGACUUGUUCCUAAGCCUUCGUGAAGUCCGUGUUCAUUCUUGUCCUAAUUUGAAGGAAUUGACUGGGCUAGCUUUUGCUCCAAACCUGCAGCUUCUUAAAGUCAAUAAAUGCCCUGCAUUGGAAGAAAUAAUAAGAUUGGAGAAACUAGGAGAUGCUCCAGAGGAGGUGAAAUGUUUACAGCCUUUUCUUAAACUUGAACAUCUAACAUUGUUGAGGUUACCGAAAUUAAAGAAUAUCUACCCAAAACCUCUGUGCUUUCCUUGUCUAAAGGACAUUGAAGUAGAUCGUUGUGAAGAGCUGAAGAAACUUCCAGUGGGUUCUACUGUGACUAAAAUGCGACCCGAUUUGAAGAUUAGGGGAAGGAAAUCUUGGCGGAAUAAGUUAGAAUGGGAGGAUGAGACCACUCGAGAUGCCUUUCUCCCUUGUUUUAUUCGGUGAACUACAGUUCUUAUGCUUCAAUUGUUUUUGGGCUGGCUGGGAAACAUAACUUAAAUUUGUAUUGAAACAUAACGUUCAAUUUAUUCAGCCAAUUGAACGUUUUGUAGUUUGAGGCAUCUCCACAUAAUAAAGGUAUACUCACUCAUCAUUUGUAUUUGGUCUAAUCUGUAUUUUGAAAUCUCUUGUGAAUUAUCAAUGUUUAAAUUUGACAUGUUGUAAUCUUGACCGCCUUCGUCCAUGUUGUCAAAGCUGGGUUGUAUGUGCUGGCCCAACCUUAUUCCCUUUGUCAUUUUGGCCAUUUGAAUUUGAAUUAAUUUCAGCUAUUUCUGUUAUCCAUGUUCUUCAUUGUCUCCAUUAAUUUUAAUUUAUCAACGGUAUGUGAAACAAUAACCAGUUUCCUUAUUUCUUGUUUUUCUAUUUGUGAGGACUUUUCUGUUUACAUGAUUGUGUUAUCUUUAAAAAUAAGAUAAAAUGAAUGAUUUUACUUGCUA